CAAACACACCAAAUCCGCCACCAGAAAAAUCUCUCUACCUCUCGUUUAAAAAAGAAACAAGUAUUUUUCUUGAAGAUAAAGCUAAUUUCAUGAAUUAGGGUUUCGAUUCCCAAAUUGCUUAUCCAAAGUCUAGAAUCUCCAUCCAAUUCCUUUUGUUUAGCGUGCCUGGUUAAUGCUAGUGAUUAGGGUUUUCCAAAUCCGGGCCUCAUGUUGAGCUCCAUCUGCUCUCACUCCCUCUCUCAACGACCAAUUCUUGCACCAUCUAUAACUAAGUUUAGGGUUUUGAGACCCGGAAGCUUGUCGUUGUCUCGGAGCUCUCGGAUCGUUGAGUCCAAUUUUAAGCUCUCGAAAAGCAAAUGGAAAAUUUCAUGCUUUAGGCGAGAGAGUUUUCCUUCAGAAAAUUCGCAAUCUGAAUUCAUUGAGCAUUUUCUACCCGAGGAAGUAAUAAAACAGGAGAUCGAUAAGUCAUCUAUUGACAAAAGAGAUUGGAAAUCAAUUCUCCAACAGGCUGCAGGUACAGCCCUGAAAGCGAUAGGGAGCCGUUGGACUGUACCUUGGACAGCAGAGACAAUACUGCAGGUUAUGCUUCUGUGGGUAGCUGCAUUCUGGUUCAUUGGGUCAUGGAUGAUUCCUUUUGCAGCACACAUGGCAGGUUUCAGCAAGGGAUCUCUAACAUUCAGAGGGCAAGCUUUGUUCAGUCUUGUGACUGAUGUAACUGAGGGCCUUGCUGGUAUUGCAAUACUCCACCGCUGCCUGUCCCAGUUUCGUCCCCUUCCAUCUGACUGGUUUAGGUUUAGCUUGAGGGGAAACUGGCAGUUAGACGUUGUGCUGGGAUGCCUCAUGUUUCCCCUGGUCAACCGACUGUCACAGUUCAACCUCCAUUUGUUGCCCUUGAUGCCACCUACACCCAUGGCUCGUUCAAGUGUCGAGCAGUCAAUUUUGGCCAGGGAUCCAGUUGCCAUGGCACUGUAUGCAACAGUAGUUUCAGUUUGUGCUCCUGUAUGGGAGGAAAUUGUUUUCCGUGGCUUUCUUCUCCCUUCCUUGACAAGAUACAUGCCUGUAUGGUGUGCAAUACUGGUGAGUUCAGUGGCCUUUGCUCUGGCACAUUUUAAUGUACAGACAAUACUACCACUUAUCUUCCUGGGAGCCGUAAUGGGGGUUGUUUUUGCACGGUCAAGGAAUCUUUUGCCAUCCAUGCUCUUGCAUAGCCUCUGGAAUGGUUUUGUAUUCUUAGAUCUAAUGAGAUAGCUCCUUAGCUUCUUGAAUAGCUCCACAGCUGUUUGAUUAAAUGUGAAUGAAGCAUAGGGUUGUGUCAACUUUGGGAGCUAUGCAUCUUCCAGGGGCUCUGAAGGUAUUGCCAUUUUUCUUUUUGGUGAGAUGCAGCAUAUCCCCAUUGAUAGACAAGCUACUGCGCAUUAUCUGCAAUACCAAUGAGAUGUCUAGAAAGCCUGUACAGCGAAUGCAAGGAAGUUACUUCAAGCCGAUACGCCAUCUGGUCCAGCAAUUACUAGGAGAAUUGUGGAUUUGUAUUUGAUUGGACAGUAGAAAAUAACGAAGAAGAAAGAAAAUGCUUUUCAUUUUUGUUUCGCCUAAGGCAAUCAUUUAUGUUGUAAUUCUUGUACUACUUGUUUUUAAUUUAUUGUGAUCUGAGCACAAAUUUCCUUUCUUUUCUUGCAAUCCAUGUCAUUUUAAUCUUUGAUCGGUAACAAAAUUUCACAUAAAUA